GUUCGGAUAACCCCCUUCUUCUUUUGCCCAUUUCUGCUCUUCCUACCUAUGUUUGCUUUUCCCUUCUCAUUCAUCCAACUAAAUUGCACGUUUUUUCCCCUCUCUCUCUCUCUCUCUAUCUCUAUCUCUCUCACACACACACAAACAAACUCAUCCAAUCCAAAUCUCUUUAAUUUCCUUCUCUUUCAUAUUCACUCUUUUAUCUCUAGAAAACCUGGUACAAAAACCAACCCACUUCAAAAACUGUGUUUUGUUUUCAUUUCUUUGAUUUCCAGCUUAAGCCAUUUCAUGAUUUUUUCUUCUUCUUUUUCUAUGAAAGAAGCUGAGCAUCAAAUGCAAAUGGCAAUUCCAUACUUGUUUAGGUGUCCAAUUAGCUUAGACUUGUUCAAAGAUCCAGUCACUCUGUGUACAGGUCAAACCUAUGACAGAUCAAGCAUUGAGAAAUGGUUGUCAGCAGGUAAUCUCACUUGUCCAGUCACAAUGCAGAAGCUUCAUGAUCCGACCAUUGUUCCUAACCACACUCUUCGCCAUUUGAUUCAUCAAUGGCUUCAAUUUGGUCACCAGUUCGACUCUGAUUACUUGGAAACGAUUCAAUCUCUAUCUUCACUCAAACACAUCCUUGAAUCCAAUGAUUCCUCUCUAGAUAGCAAGCUGGACGCACUGAACAAAAUCCAAGUUUUAUCUCAAGAAUCAUCAUCAUCAUCAAGGAAUUCAUGUUUGCUUCAAUUGGGCUUCAUGCCUCUGCUUUUGGAACUGGUUUUUGGGAAACUUGAAGCCCAGCUCUCCGAGGUUUACAUCAAGGUAGCAGAGCAAGCUCUUUUUUGCAUAAUAAAAUUGUUAUCACUCGGCGAAUUCGAGUCCCUAAAUGCCCUGAAAGAAGAGUCUAAAUUUCUAUCUUUCCUAGUUUUAUUCAAGCAAGGUACAUCAGUGGUUAAGAUGAAUCUAUGCUUUUUGAUAGAGGCCAUCUCAUCUUCCACAGAGACUAAACAACUCUUUGCUAUGCUUGGAAAAUCGAACGUGCUCUUGCAAGAAAUAUUUGAGCUUGUGGUUACUGAGCAGAAUGAUUUGGCAUCAGAUUCAGGAAUUAGAGCCAUUUGGGCAUUUUGUUCAUUGGAAUUCAACAUAGAGUUUUUGAUCAAAGGGGGUACAAUGGAUGUGCUCAUCGAGUACAUUUCGGGGAUCGAAAGGCGAGAAAGUAGCUUGGCAGCAAUGGCAAUGGCAACAAUCGAGAAGCUUUUAGGGGUUGAGAGUGGGAAAGAGGCAUUGAUUAAGAAUCCAAAUGCCAUGAAAGCUCUUGUGAAGAUGGUUUUCAGGGUAUCAGAUCACCAAGGAAGUGAGAGUGCCAUUGAGUCGCUUAUGAUAAUAUGCCAUGGUUGUUUGCAGGCAAGAGAGGAAGCCAUUAGUGCUGGAGUUUUGACUCAGUUGCUGUUGCUUCUGCAGAGUCAGUGCAGUGGUAGGACCAAAACAAAGGCGAGAAUGUUACUAAAGUUGCUAAGAUCCAAGUGGAAUGAGGACCCAAAGCAUGUGUAAUUUUUUUUAUUUUAUUUUUUUCAAUUUUAAGUUUUAAGGGUCUAUAUAUAUGGAGUCGGGUCGACCUAGGAUCCAAAAAUUAGAGUAGAGGAUUUGAUGCAAGUCUGGUUAAUAUCUACAUAUGUGGGGUUUAAAUUUCUUUACUGUGUGAUUUAUUAUAGUCCUUCGGGACGAUAGCCCCCCCUUUUUUUUUUA